AGGGCAGCUUUGGAAGUGAAAUUUAAUUAAAAUUCGUUUACCUGUGCUUGCCCCACAUUUGAUUUCACCAUAUUAUGCAAAUUUAUUUUUUUUGUAAAGUGAAAAAUAGUUUUUCGGAAAAUGGUACCCUGAUUUCCACAAUUCAUCAGUUUUUUCGAUUCACCAAAAAUUUCACAUAAAUCGAAUAGUUGAGUAGAUCUUCAGUCUGUCGGAUGUUUUAUAAUAUCUAUGAGACUUUCCACAUCACAAGACUCCGGCAGGUCGGCCAUCACGACAGUUUGUGGCAAGCUUGGGUAGUGGGUAUGUGGUAAGUGAGUGUAUGUUGUGUUGCUCCGUAUUUUUCGCAGUUCUUAUGUGGAUUAUUCAGCAAAAAACACAGAUUCCAAUAACAAUGCUUUUUACUUUGCAAUGAUAUAUCCUGAAGAAUGGGAUAUUAUAAACUAUACACAAAGAAGUUUCCAAGCAGCUGAUUGAUAGGCCCAGGUCACGUAUUUUCUUUUCAUUUGAAAGCAAAAUAUGGAACGACCGCCUCGUAACGAACCUCCAGUGGAACCCGUAAAUGGCAUAGUCCAACCUGCUGUUCAACCUCCUCCAGACAUGCCAGGGCGUGUAACCAAUCAGCUGCAAUUUUUGCAGAAAACUGUACUAAAGGCUGUUUGGAAACACCAGUUUGCAUGGCCUUUUCAACAACCAGUCGAUGCAAAGAAACUUAAUUUGCCUGAUUACCACAGAAUAAUAAAACAACCCAUGGACCUGGGAACAAUAAAGAAACGUUUAGAUAACAAUUACUAUUUGUCGGGUAAAGAGUGCAUUCAAGAUUUUAAUACAAUGUUUACGAAUUGUUACGUUUACAAUAAACCGGGAGAAGAUGUUGUCGUAAUGGCACAAACUUUAGAAAAAGUGUUCUUGACUAAAGUAGCGGACAUGCCCAAAGACGAAUUUGUAGUGGAAACACCUACGAAAGGACUCAAGGGAAAGAAGGGAAGAACAAGUACAGGCCCUGCUGGUCCUGUUUCAAGUGUGGGAAGGGGUAGACCACCUGCGACAGUAUCUUCAACCAGUGCUACACCAGUGGCUACUACUACAGGUUCCUCCGGCCUGCCUUUGGGAACUCAGGCUCCGGCAACUGUCCCUGGUAGCACCGCCACCACAACGAUAGCUCCUGCUACCACUAAUAGCUCUCUUCCUUCUCAACCUCCAGCACAACCUUCCAAUUUUCAUGGUGCACCCUCCAUAGUUAAUUCUUUAGAUUCGAAUGUGAAUCCGGGGGUGCUACCGGGAAGUGUUGUACCUCCUUCACAACCAGCUAAGGUGAAAAAAGGGGUGAAGAGAAAGGCCGACACUACGACACCCACGGCUACUGCAUAUGAUUAUGCACCACCGUUGGAGUCAAAGUCGGCAAAAAUAUCAACAAGACGUGAAUCAGGUAGACAGAUCAAGAAACCGGUAAGGCCAGAAUUGGAUGGCCAUGUUCCCCAGCCAGCAUCACAGAAACUGAAAGAGAAACUUUCUGAAUCUUUGAAAGCGUGUAAUGAAAUUUUGAUGGAAUUGUUCUCCAAGAAGCAUGCUAAUUAUGCUUGGCCAUUUUAUCAGCCUGUUGAUGCUGACUUAUUGGGGUUACAUGACUAUCACGAUAUAAUAAAGAGACCCAUGGACUUUGGCACAGUCAAACAAAAAAUGGAUAACAGGGAGUAUCGUACUCCACAAGACUUUGCUGCCGAUGUUAGACUGAUUUUUACCAAUUGUUAUAAAUACAACCCUUCAGAUCAUGAUGUAGUUGCGAUGGCUAGAAAACUACAGGAUGUAUUUGAGGUUAAGUUUGCUAAAAUCCCUGACGAACCACUAAAUAGGAUAGGUGGUAGUGCUGCAGUAUCGACUUUAGCUGUAAAAUCUGAAUCCAGUAGUUCUGGUUCAAGUUCGGAGUCAUCGAGUGAUACAGAGGAUUCUGAAGAAGAAAAGCGGAACAAACAGUUGAAGUUAUUAGAAAAAGAACUGACGGCAAUGCAGGAAAAAAUGAAGAAACUCGUUGAGGAAAGCACGAAGAAGAAAAAAGAAAAGAAAAAGACCAAGGUGAAACCGAAAAAACCUCCCGCAGCAGCAUUGCCAAAUAGUAGUAGCAGUAUUGGUAAGCCUGGAGCGCACGGGGCUCUAAACAAGCCCAACUCCCUUGCAGACAGCGUUGACGACAGCAUCGCCAGUGUUGUGUCGGGGGCUGAUCUCAAGAUUGCCGCCGAGGCACAUCAUCCGACGGCCAACAAGUCUCUCAACAUGCACCACAACAUGGCGGCUGGCGCCAACGCUUCUGCCCAAGCUAAAACUCCUAAAAGUAAAGGUUUAAGAGGUAACAAACCUGCAACUACUCCCAGUGCCCCACCUAAACGAGUGAAAGCAAACAAUAAGGCUGGCCCAGGAAGGAAAAAAUCUGCAGCCCAACCACCUCCAGCACAGUGUGAAUCUGAGGAAGAGGACAACGCGAAACCUAUGUCUUAUGAUGAAAAGCGUCAGCUGUCAUUGGAUAUUAAUAAAUUACCAGAAGAAGCCAGUAAGUCAGAUCCAACUGGUGCAGGGGGACCUUCCGGUCGAAUGUCUUCUAGUUCAAGUAGUUCAGACUCUGAUAGUAGUAGUAGCAGCUUAUCAAGUAGUUCGAGUGAUUCCAGCGACAGCGAAGCAGGUGAUACAGGAAAUAAACAACCAAAAAAGAAAAUCAAACGGUCACCGAAUCCUUCCGUGGGAAACUCUAAUACUACGAAUUUACAGAAACCACCACAACCAGCACCUGUCGCACCAUCAACGACAAACACAAACAGCAUACCUGACAAGACCUCAGUGGUCCCACAAGUUGUACCCUCGAUAAGCGUUGCAAGCCUAGUUGCCAAACAGCAACCACCUGUCACUGCUGCUGCAUUUUCUGCAACAACUCCUAAACCAUCCAUCACUUCCGAGAAAAUACCUACCAUUUCAUCUUUAUCCGUUCAGACAGUGGCUCCUACCACCGUCUUACAAGCACCCAAAGUCACGUUACCAACCCCUCCUCUUGACAAACCUAAAUCUAAUAUAUCACCUGUUAGUACUUACAGUGAUCCUCUAGAACAGUCCUUAGCAAGUUUAGAGCACGACAUUAAACAAAAUGAUCCUAUGGAUGUGGUAGCUGCCGCUACUGUCAUGCAAAUGCCAACAACUUUGAGUAACCCCAUCGUUUCCCAUCCUCAUCCUAAUAUUCAUAUGAACCCUAACCUAAAUCAUCCUAUUUUGCAGCCCAGUACCUUAAGUAUGGACCUUAAAGCUCCUGUUACUCUGAGUAAUAUGUUGCCAACAAAUCCCAUGAUCCAUCAUGGAAUGAAUACUCCUAUUGAACCAGAAUUGCCUGGCUUGAUGCAUCCUCACAAUGCCCAGCCAAAUGUCAUGCAUAUGCAAAAUAAUGGAUUUGGCAUCAAACACGAAUUUGAGGUAGGUACUAACAAUAAUGGAAUUUCAUCUAUUGGGUUACCAAUAGAACUGUCGAUAUCGUCCAUGUUUGAUCCAUUACCUCAACAUAUGAACAACCAAAUAAAUAAAAGUGAACCCUCUCAAAUAAAGACGGAGGAUCGGCUAGACACCACUGGUGGUUUACUGAAUGAUAAAAAGCUCCCGUUGAACCAGAAACCACUUUCUCAAACUUUCGGAGGUUUCAAAACAGAAAAACAUGAGCAUAAUGUUAAAAAUGCAAGUUCUUGGUCGAGUUUGGCCAAGGGUAAAUCACCUCAAAACAAUGUUCCUGGAGGUAGUAGCAAGCAGCAGGUUAUGGAUAGUUUCAAAGCCUUCCAAAACAAAGCUAAAGAAAAAGCCGACAGGGAGAAACAAAGGUUGGAAAACUUGGAACUCAAGAGACAGCAAAGAGAACAAGCUGAAAGAGAAAGGUUACGUGCUGAAAAUGAAAGACGGAGAGAAAGGGAAGAGGAAGAUGCCCUAGAAAAGGCCAGAAAAGCAGUUGCUGAGCAACAACAACCUAUACCAAGUCAAAGGGUGGAAGAAUUAAAGUCAUCUCCGGGUGAAGGAAGUACAUCCCCAGGCUCAUUAAGUUCAGGAUCCGAAAGGAUUUCAGAAAGAGAACGUCAGAGGUUACAAGAACAGGAAAGGAGGAGAAGAGAGGUUAUGGCGAACAAAAUCGAUAUGAAUAUGCAAAGUGAUUUAAUGGCGGCUUUUGAGGGUUCUUUUUUUUUUUUGUUAGCACUUUCAAUUUCGAAAUGACAGUUCACUACUACUUGUAUAUUUGAACCUAGAUCAUUUACCUCAAAAAUAAUUUUGUAAUGUCUUAAUUGGUAUAGUUCAAAAUAUUGAGAUACUCAUAGUUUAGGUAUGUAGUUUCAAAGAAAGUUAUAUUCACUCAUUGUCAUUUCUGAUAUAAAAAUUACCUGGAGCUAAAUAGAAAAAUUGUUAUUUUCAAUAUAACAAAACUGUCAUGGGUAGUAAUGAUUAUAUAUAAUUUAAAUCUUCUCUACAAAUAGAAUUAAGUGUUCAUCGUUUUAUGAAUGGGAUUGUACGAAUUAUUGUAAAUAUCAAAAAGGUAAUCCAAAUGAAAAAAAUUUAAAAUUCACUUAUUUAAAGGUACUUUUUUUUGUAAUCUGUUAUUUUUUGACCCGCAUAUAAGUGCCUUUAUGAUUUACGAAAUGUAUGAUAUCUAAGUGAAAUUUAGAAUUCUUUCAAAUGCAGAUUCAUUCAAUUGAGCUUAAGAAAACACUUCGCUGGAAACUCGAAACAGUUUCGUUGGUAUCUAUAUAUUUUAACGAAAUUACUGUUUUCGAAUUAUUUUAUGUUAUACACUGUAUAUUAUUUUAUGUUAUACACUGUAUUUAAAGUAAAACUGGAACCUUUGGCGUAGAAUAAACUGAAAAAACAAGCACUUUUCC